UUGUUUCAAACCGGAAAUCACUUGAUUAGCUGGUAUGUGAAUGAUAAUCCCGCAUGUGAGCAUGCGCUCGAGAUACGCAGGCUACCCACCCCUCCAUUGAAGGUGAGCUCGCCCGCACACUAUUUGCACGCCCCUGUAUUUGCAUAUGAACGGAAUUCAUGCCGUGACUUCGAGCAGCCGAACUGCGAGGGAUAUGUGACUGGGUGAAAAGAAUUCGGGGCCCCCCGUGUACCGGUAAAUAAAGCAUACGGGAGUAUUAUAGCACUUGGCCUGCACGACCGUACACAGGAACUAGCAAUUUCCGCUCUGUUCCCUUGAGCAACUCAGUACGAUCGCCGUUUGUAGCCUGCACACACGGCCAACUUGGACGCUAUAUGACUGCAGUUACUCGUUGGAACUACUUACUGGAAUAUACUGUUAGCCAAUUUCUGUGGAAUAUUUCAUGUUGUUGUGAUUAUGUUAGCUGGACAAUGACUGGAGUGGAAUAUGAAUGGCGAAUGCGUUCGAUUAUUCGUCCUGGAAUAGCAGAAUAGAAGCAGUUUAUGGCGUACUGGGUUGCCACACGUUACAUCCAUGGCCCAAGAUGGUGGAGAUUUGGUAGUACGGCAGCCCACGUCUGUACACGGCUCGCCGCCAGGAUCACGCCCUAUCCUGCUACCGCCAGGCUGGCGUAAUCGCAACCUUCUGGCUCUCAGGUCAGCGACAGGAGACGAGGCACGACCGAAUGAUUACGUGGACACCAACAAUGAUAGAUUGAAUGGUAGGAACAAUAACGAAUCACCGAAUUCAAGAUCAGCAGAGAACUCUGGAGAUGAAGGACAUCUAAGGACUGAUCUAAUUGUGGUCAGGGGACCUAAAGGUAAAGCAAAAGUACUCAGAGUUGUGAAAUCAAAACCAGACGAGAAACCGAAAAGUAAAAGCGAACAGUCAUCACCGACGACACCGACACAUGGCGGUGAUCUUCAUGGGAAAGGAGACGAAAAACUAAGUAAGGAUCCAUUUCCUUGCCCUCAGUGCGGAUGUUGUAGGUGUGAGAAGUGCAAAAACAGCAAUAGACUACCAAGUACUUGGUGUUGCAACGGUAGGUGCGAAUUCUCUCCGGAGUGUGUUCUGAACUGCUGUACGUGCAUGACAUGCGUGAAAAGCUUAUUUUAUCAUUGUGCAAGAGAAUCUGACACAGAAUACGCCUACUGUACGGAUGAUCCCUGCUCGUGUAGGCCUCACCGACGCUGUGCUAGAUGGACUUGCUUGAGUCUCUUGUCCUUAUGCUUGCCUUGUUUAUGUUGCUACCUACCUGGGCGAGGAGCACUCGAAGCCUACAGACAAUGCCAAUCUCAGGGAAGACAAGGAUGCCAGUGCAGCAGAUGGGAGAACGGUGAAGCGUACGACGCAUUAUGAGAGUAAGCAACACAGGAUCACAAUCAAAGUGUUAACUGCAUGUUUGUUUUCAUCAAGAUGACAGUUAAAAUUGAGAACAGUGCAUCCUGCACAAGAUUUGUGCAGUCUACGUUAUGGAUGAUCCUCACUUCGUAUCUUGUGGAUAUUAUACUGAUGUCAUGGUCUUCGUGGACUACUGCUACGAUUGGAAACCCGCACGAUCCAGGAGAGCUACGGAAUCGACCCUGGAACCAUUGGAAGAUUGUUCGGAGGAGUGCAGCUCAGGACGAUGGAAGGUCAGCCAUGAUCUCUCUUCACAUCUGCGAGAUGUGGCUUGAUAGGGUCAGUAUUGACCACCGAACGGUUCCAGUGAGGUAAGGGUGGCAGGAGAGGCGAGGCUACGAGAGAGAGGUAGAAGACAAGAGUGCCUCUGGGCCUGGCUUCAUGAAGCUUGCAGGAAGAUGUCUCCAAGUGACUUGAAGACACUGCAUGAGUCCCUUCAUGAUGGUAUUUUUGUAUUCUGUGCAGUCCCAACCAAUGCAAGGUGGUCUGACUAGGUAUAAUCACAGCCCUAGCAGUAUGUUGUCCAACAACAAUUUAGUGAGGAGGUGGGAUGUACAUGUAUCUCGAAAUAGGUGCAAUUAAGACAUAAAUGAGCCACUACAAUAUACACUGAAAAUUUUGUUAUACAUGUAGUGUGCUAAAUGUUAAAAUUUAUUAUUAUAGAGCUUCAAAUACAAAAGUAAUUUAAAAGAAAAGAGGAAAACAAGUUUGUACAUUUUUUUUGUUUCUAUUGAUUUACAAGAACAUCGAUUAGUAGUUCUAAGGUGGUAUGGAACAAACUUAUGGAAGAAAAGAGCUUCUUCUGAAAGUGGUAGUCAGAAUAUGUACCUGUACUUUGUCACAUCUCUAUUUAAUCUAAUCGAUGUACAUUUUGCAUAAUGUAUUGUGUUUAUCUCAGAAGUCACACAGAAAACAGGUAUUUUUUUGUUAUAGUGUUCCAAUGUAUAUUGGAAUACAUGAUGUGCACAACAUCAUUAUUAGGAGUUAUUACUUUUUACAUGGUUAACUGUAAGUGUAAGGCAUCAAGUUGAUUCUUUAUAAUUAUGUCCCCAACUCUCCGUAAUUCAGAAGAGACGAGUAUCCCCAAACUAAAUUACAUGUAUAUGUAUUUUGUUUAAUUUUAAAUGGACCAAAAAAUGUAGAGGCAACGCAUGUACAACGUAAGAUAACGUAAUGCAAGCGCUCCAUGUCAUUAUGUGUUCAAUUUGACACGAGAUAGCACAUCACCCAUGAUGGCCUAUUAAUAUUUAUGAACAUUGUAUGAGCUAGCUGGAGGCCAAAGUUGGACAAAUGGGUAGAACAGAUAGCGGUGAAGCCCUAUCUCACCCAAUGCUCUGUUUACGACUACACGGCGUACGCUUGUUAUCUCUAAUCGCACUUCUCUCGCGCGAUCCCCAUAGCCUUCGAACGCUUGAUGCAUGAGGAAGGAAAGAUGGCGGGUUUUUCAUUUCGGAGAUCGCUUAGACUCGCUACCCUCUUCGUCUUGUGUGCUGUGUACAUAAAACUGGUAACGCUUUUGGAGAAAAGAUAUUUUGUCUAUUGGACGAGUUUGAGGCUCCAUAUUGUUCGAGGGGUCGUGGAGUGUUUGGUCAGGGACCAAAGAGUAAAUAGGGCCCUUUCCACUAAGCAUAAACCUUAGGCAUUCAGCCAGGACUGAGUUGCCCAAUUGUCUCUUAUCUUUCUCAUUUAGAAUGAUAACCAACGGAUGUGCUUGUGUGUAGAUGGUUGAUAAUAUAGUGCCAUGCGCAUGUAAUGGGGCUGUUCAUUUUUUUGGAACGGUCUUGAAAAUGUAGUGGAUUUAAUUCAUUACAUAUACAUGGACAUUGAAACAAAAACUGAACGUAAAGAAAGAUAAAGGGAAUCUUCAAAGAAAUUCCACACCAAUACCAUUUCAGCCACCCAUUACUCAUAAGUUAUAGAUGCCUACGAUUUUUAAGUAUGUGAUUUCAAAAUUUAGAGUACAUGUUCAUUUAACGAUGCAGCCUGUAUGCUAACGCUAGACACAUCCGUUCCAAAUUGAGUUUUUGAAAAGCUUUCGACGUGGUUUUAGUUCAGACUUCAGUCUAACCAGAGACAUUCAAUUGAAGUAGCCGAUUAAAAUUACACAUUUGAUACGCGACGGUGGUAUAUCAGUUCCAAACAUGAAACCCUGGUGGAUUUGAAAAGACGCCGUCUAGGCAGGGGUGCUUACGUAAGAGGCUCCAGCUCGACCAAACAGCCCACCCCUAAAGAAAAAAAAAGGGUGCAUCUGAAUAUUUCAUUCUUUCUAUCUUCUUCUCCUCUCCCUGACUUUAUCAAGUAGAGAGGAGGGGGUAGAGAUGCCAAACCAAUCACAUUUCAUCCGGCUUCUCUUUGUAUAUUCACAAGCGCUGUAUUCUAUCCAAGCCCGAGUCUGUAUACUAUUAGCGUCGUGUUUCUUCGACCAACAUAAACCCAAUGUCCCCUUUGUAAUUCUCAAUCUUAAACUCCCUUUUUAAAAUAACCGUUUACCACUUUAAAAUUGACUAAAGAUGUGCAUUUUCUGAGCGAGCUAGCCCAAGUUCUUUUUUCUGUUGACCUCUGUUUACCAUGUUUGCUACCGCAGUCGCCUCCGUUCUCUUACCACUCCACACACGGCUGAUUGGCCUUUACAGGGCCACAAUCUCCGGAUGGCCUGCAACGCUUAGCAAGCACACAUCGCUUUUCUUCUCUCCCUCCCUCCCUCCCUCUAUUCAAUUUAGGCUUCCUCUCCGUCUUUAUUCAAGCAUAGAUUGGCACACCUUUAGACCUCCGAAGCCCUAUUGUUCCAGGUGCCUGCCUUUUUACCACUCUUUUUUCCGGUGAAGAACUAAGCCCCGCCGUUGCUUCCACUCGGCAUGUAAGCAGGCCAUUUCAAUCAACCUUUCAAGUAGGACUAGGUUUAUUUGCUUCUAGCCUUCAAGUAGUCCAGGACCAAGCCGUCUUGUAAGAAUGGCUUCCUUUUAACAUUAAGCUGCAAUUGACAUCAUUAUUCCAGCGGAAUAAUUCAAGCUUUUGUCGACAAUUUGACUUUUUUGUGAGCAGCUCUGUGGCGUUAAUUUGCGUUUUCACAAAACUAAAUCACAUGUAUAAAGAACUACAUGUAGGCAUAUCUGGCAAUCCAGAUGGACGCAUUUGUAGGCCUUCAGUUUAGUAAUUAACAAAAAUUCGAUUUUGACGGAACAAUUCGUCAGCUGGCUUUUGCAACUGUUAUGUUUAGAAAAUCUCAUUUGGGUGGAUCGUGCAGUUGAUGAAUUUUUUAAAAUAUUCCUUUUAGGACUUGUGCUCUCAGUUAAUAAUUAUUGCAUCAAGCCAAGGUCCGUGAUGGCAAGUACCAAAUUCACAAUCAACUCCCCCUUUUUUUUCUUUGCCCCUCUUUUUUCCAUUUGUUUUCUUCUAAGUUCUAACCACCGGAACGCUGCUCCAGUGAAUAACCAUUUCCCUUCUCCUUUUUGCUCACCAUUCAACCAGAAUUCCGCAGGUCUUUUGAAAACUUUUAUUCCUCGCUCUUUGGGCAUGGGCUCCGUCGCCGAUUUGGUUCUUUGUGUGUGCAUUACUCCUACAAUAACAAGCAAUAUAAUCAUUGCACCAGAAAUAAUUACGAACCAGGACACCGGCUUGUAUAUUGUGGGAAGCGCAAGAGACCAUACUCGCCUUGCCGCUUGUCCACAAUGCACUUCGCUGCACUGCCAGCCGGAGGGGUGUAGCACAAACUCAAUACCGUGUGCGCAAGUUCAUUACCUUUACCUCUCGCUAGUUGCGCAUUCGGAGACCCCUAAAUGCACUAGUUUGUGGGAUAUGUAAAAACAAAAUAUAGUUUUCAUUGAUUAUUCUACCCUAUCAUCAAUUUAUCAUUUGACAAAUUACCAAGUUUUGUCUUUAUAAAAGUUUCCGUUAAGACGGCUGGAAUAAAAUUUCCCCUCUUUGAAAUCUAGAAAAUAGUUAUCACCCUAAACCUGUCGUAAGUAAUUUACCCCAAAGUGACCAAACUAUACAUUGUAUUUUAUAUAUAAGGUAUCAAUGGUCUGAUUUAGUAAACUACUUCUAUUUCUUGAAAGGUGUAGGGUUACACAUGAUGUCGUGUGGAUCGCAGUAGUUUACAGUUCAUACACAACAUUUAUGUGAACUUCAAAAUUUCAAGUUUUAAUCUGCAACCGUUCACAUUGCAUUAUGUGCACUAUCUUCUAGUGAAAAUAUUUUGCCACCCCACGCCCCUUCCCAUCCCAGCGCCCUAUUAGAAAUGACAUUGUCGGGUAUAUUCACCUAGCAUUAUAGCCUAUAUUACGAUAAUGAAUGAUUCUAAAAUAGUUGAUAAACAGGACGUUUGGAUUAAUUUGUUAGAUUCAUAUCGUUGGAUACAAGAACAUGUAUUCCGAAUAGUUAUGCGGUUCAAUCCAAAUGUAAAUUAGAUUAACUGUAUUACAAAAUCUAAUGAUUCGAUUUUUUUCUUUCUUCUUUCUGUUAGGAUAUUGCUAAUGACAGGACGUGGACAAUAUUUGUCAUUAUUUGAUAAGUUGAAUGAAAGUCUCAAAGCUUGCGAAGAAGGAUUUUCUUUCUUUUUUCAAUGAUUUCGUUGAUCCUCGGAUCUACAUUUUCUUUUCUCUGUCGGUCCCUUAACAACUGCUUUGCGAUUUGUUCACGACUUUCAAACCAACUUUUCAAUAGAUGGCAGAAAUUGGCUCGUCGUAAUUGGGAAUGCUUUUUGGAAGCGAAUGUUUACCUACAAAACCGUUCUUGUUUGUUGACGUAGUACGCUAAUAAAUCCAAACAUGGGAAAGAAGAGAGAAAAGGGAAAGGAAAGAGGAAAGAAAAGGGAAAAUCUGUUCCUGAACACGCAUUGUUCGUCAUAAUUCGAUGUCGGAACUAUGCUUUCCUAUCCGCGCUGCCAAAUGAAAAUAACUUGGUCUUGUUGCGUCGUGAUGUGAAAAGCCAAGAAAAACAAAACCUUCUCUCGCUUUUUAGCAAUCAUUAUGCGGGGCUGAAGAAAGCUGAAAAAAUGGAAAUGUCGAUCAUCCUAAGGCAAUGUUAUUCGUGAUUAUUACUGACUUUUUAUUCAUUUUUCAGGGUGGUGGCAUGGAAUGAGGGUUUUCGAACUCUACCUACAGUGCACGUCCUAACUCGAAGGAGGUGCUAGCAUUUCGUUUGUCAAUCUUUCGCCCCCCCCCCCCCUCCAAACAAAAAGAAUGUUUAGUAAAAGUUAAAAAUAUAGGCCUAUACUACAGGCUUAUACACUACUAUCUAUGUGGGAGAAUUUAACCCCAGAGUAAAUCAACUGUUCUGUCACCUUUAUGAGAUAGACAGGAGAGAUAGUUUGAAAUAUUGAUUAUAAAAUCUGCAUCGGGAAAACGUUAUAUUUGUUGGGGCUCGGCAUACGCUUUCUGCCAACGAGCCUAUGCACAUUUGUAAGUCUUGUAAAGAGAGGAUAGGAGUGGCUUUGGGCGGUAAACAAAAGCGACACGGAGCAAAUCGGAAAUUAAAUAGCAAGCUUAUUGACAAACAGAUUACGUUAUCGAUUAAAAUACAGCGAAGGGAAGCAAUUAAGCAUUAAAGCCUUGGGAGCCUUCUGCGCUUGGGAGCCUCUGCGGAACAGUUUCAUCCCUUUUAUUGGAAAACUUUCAAUCGCUCAUGUUAGUCUAAUCCGAUAUCCCUUAUCCAUCCAACGCCUCAAUUCUUUUAAUCCCUUCCCCCCACGAACCACCCAAACGGCGGUGCAUGGGUUCCUUUUAAAUCUCAUUCAAAGAAUAAAUCUUUGAAAUAUAUAAUAGUGCUGCUCCACCAAUCCUCGUUAAGAAAGUUAACUAUUUAUUUACGUAUAUUAAAAUAAAACGGGGUUGUACUCAGUUUCUAUAUAGUCCUGUUGCACACUCUCCCUCUGAUCUCUAUCUCCAUUUCUUGUAAUAAUCAAUAAAUCAAUUAAAAUGUAAGUCUUUGUUUGGACUAUUUUGCUGUGAAUUACAUUUUCACAUUACCUCGCUUAUCUGUUUAUCUCUCGCCGUUUUUUAAUCGACGCCUUCCUGUUUUUGUUUAAUGAACAAACAAACCGGUUAUAAUGUGACGCCUAGCACAGGAAAUGUAUCAUAAAGAGAUUGCGUUGGCGAUUUAAUUCAAGCGUUAAAUAUAGUUCCGUUUCCAUUGUUUUCCUGCUCUAUCUUUGUACAGUGUUGUACAUGUACAUGCUGUUUGCCGCCUUCUCCCAUUUUUUCCUCUCCCUUCAUUUUUACGAACGGAAAAGAAAAAUCAUUUAUUUUAAUUCUCGGCCACGCAGGAAAUUGCAUUCAGCCAUUGUUGUAUCGUUAGAGCGAUUUGACUACCGGAAAUGAAGGUUCUGGGGGUAAUUUGCCUAAUGGGUCUCGGCCGCUGUAUGUGUGUUGCCAAUUUAAGCAUCUGUGACUGAGCGAACGAUUGGCUCUGCUUGCAAAUAAAUGACUUUGAACGAGUACAAUGCAUAGCUCUGUCCGAACCUAUUUACAACAUGUACUCGCAGCGGCCAGGGUGGAAUUGCGAAAUGAUAGUCCCUUUUUCAAACGGUAUUACAGACUUCGUGACUACUUAGUUUUCAGCACGGUUGUUCAUGCCGAAAAUAACAUGGGUUACUCUCCUGGAAAUCUGGAGGAAUCUGGUGAUAAUGUGUUUACAAUGUCCUGCUGUACAACAUGGGGGAAAUGGGGGGGGGGGGGGGAGAAAUAUGAAAAUAACCCCCUUUGCGCAAACAUUUCCACACGACCAUCAAUUUCACCAGGGCAAGAUAUGCGAUUAGAGAUACGGAGCGGUCUUUUAAUAGAAGAAAGAUAAAUAUGACAUUUAUGAAGUGAAAGGAGUUCGUUUAUUCAUUCUUAUGAAUGUAUUCUCUCAGAUAUAUUUCAUUCAUUGCAAUUGUUUUGAAAUAUCCUCAUGCGUUGCCUCUGCAUAAUUUCGCGAUAAAUAUUCACUCCCCCACCCAUCUAGCAACCUUUUAGCCUAUGACCCCAAAUUCUUUAAUAUUCGUAUCCCAUAAAAGAUUACCAAAUCUAUUAUUUGUUUUGAUUUCUUGUAAGAGUUGUCUCACAAUCAACAAAAAAAUGAUGCCUUACAUGCUUACGUAUUCCUAUCUAGUCAAUAUAAACCUUUUUUUCUUCAUAAUGUUCUCUUUUUUGUUCGUUCAUGUAUUCCACAACACUGCCACCGUUGUAUUCACUUUUCUGUUUCUUUUUACACUUCGUGUAUAUUUUCAGUAUAUCACAUAGAGUAUAAACAAAUUUGUAAAAGAGUUCAUUUAAGCUAUGAGAGAGUAUGUAAAGAUUUAUAUUCUGUGAAACUCAUUAAUGUGUUAUACAACAUAUUGAAAAGUGUUAUGGGGAUGUUUUACCAUGAUCCUCUUAUCGUUAUACACGCUUGGUAAUCUAAAAUAUGACACAGUCAUGACAGCAAGGGGAAUAGAUGUUUUUCCUCUAUGCAUUUACUAUUGAAUUGCCUUCGGAAACGAUGUGUUCAGACUUUUACAGUGCCUAUAUCAUGUAUUUCUAUAAAUUUCCUCACUUAAAUUAAUUUAAAUUGCCAAUAAAUUCCGUUCAAUAAUGUAAUCCGGUAGCAACCAAUCAGUACUUGACUAUAAAAAAUUAACGACGUAAAACCCCGUCUGGUGAAAUAAAUACUUGUAUGUAGUUAAUGCAAAAGAGGGAAAUAGACCUCCUCCUCCUCCGCUAUUUUGUGAAAGCAUUCCUGCGUUCGCUACUUCUGUAAACAAGUCCUCUUCAAUUGUUUACAAAAAAAGAAAACCCUAAUGUGGAAUCAAUUCACUCCACGUUUUGAACCAUGCCGGGAUUAUCCAUCGGUUAGCCGGGUGCUUUUUAAGGCUUCCACGCCUUUUCUAUAAAGAUCCAAUAGAAUUAUACGUAAUCAUAUAGCUUGGAGGAGGAAAGUUAGCCCGUCUAAAUAAAGCCGAAAGGAACAAAUAUUUCCAAGAUUGGUUGACAACUUUUCAAGUAAUUGGCUGCCAAUUCAACUCAGAUAAAGGUGAAAUCCCAUUUCGGAAGAAGAACAAGAAUGGUUGGAAUUCAUAUAUUAUGCAGACCCAGUUUUCGCUGUCAAAAGCAAGACAAAGUUUUAUCGAAAUAAGAGCACUUAGAAGUAGGGGAAGUAGAUGUGCACUACAGACAAUUACAGUGUACAUCAUUUCAGUCAUUGUAUACAUUUAACCAGCACACAUUGCCUCAUGAAAAUGUAAUAGGUUUCCAACUGUGUCAUCACAUUCAUAACUUAUCUACGACGCAAGAGGGCAGACUUUGUAUUCAAGUUUUCUCGAAAGAAUGUUAACGAGAUGAAAUAUGAAUGAAUCGGAAGGAUUUCGGAUGAGAAACAUCGAAUACAUGCAUUUUGUUAUUGUAUUUCACUGGAAGAAACAGUAAGUUACAAUGUAGCCCAGAUAUAUGGAUGAGAAAUUGUCAAUCGUGGAAUAACGUUUGUAUUUGGUUUAAUAUUAUAGCAGUUUUAUAACGAUGUUAAUAAUGGUUUACAAAUAUCCACUUAUUAUGACUUAGAAAGGCACUGCCAUCAAAUGUUUGAUUAUUACUAUUUGACCGUUUAAACAGUUCCAUGUAAAUGAUUAUGAAUCAAUUUUCUGAUUAAAAAAAAACUUUCACUGUGGUAAUAAGUGAUUAUUGAAACCCUCUUGGAUUUUUGUGAAACAUUUCAUACAUUUGUAAGGGAUACGUGAAAAGAGAUAUUCUAGAAAAAAAAGGGUACUUUCCUGAAUUUGAUUUAACACCUCAUGACAUGAAAGCUAUUAUAUUGGCAUGUGCAGGAAGAAUUGAUUCUGAUGUUUCAGGACUUUUAGAAAUAACGUUUUUAAUUUCAUGCAUAUUUUACCACUCCGCCUAUGUAAGGAAAGUGUUUUUAAUUCACAUUGAUUUUAAACGUUAUCACAUGCUUUUUAUGACCUUCCAUGUGAAAAUUUUAAAUAUCUGAUCUGUCAUCGGAGCACGAUUGUUCAUAUUUAGUAUUCACUUCGUCAAAUCUUUUUAAGAGUUCAUAAUCAUCGAGGCCUACAUUGUAUAUUAAUUGAAUUUUAUUACAUUCAGUUGAGGCAAAUAUUUGACCGGAUGUUUGGAUAUUUCAGAUAUUCUUUCACGUAUAAAGUUUUAAAAUGUAAUGCAAAUUUUUAUCCAUUUAUUAGCCCGCUUUGUGAUUGGUGAUUUUGAAAAGUUGGAAUUUCAACACAGUCGUGAAGUUAUUUAUCAUGUAUUCGAUGUCAUAAGGAGGAAAUAUUUGAAGUUCUAUUUUAUUAUAUUAUUUAUUUUCCAGGAAGGCAUUAAAUCUUGAGAAAAUCAAAU